UGUGUGUUAAUCCCACUCCGCUGUGGUCAGGUGAUCCGGCGCUGAGCAGCUGUGCAGCCUCGGUAUCGCUCACAAUCAGACAACGGGAGUCACCGGCGCUGAACACACUCAGUUUCUCACCCGACGCAAACGUGUAACCGUUUGGCGAAAACGCUGCCUUUAGGAGCGUCGUGUCAGCGAAGCGACAUGGGGGAUCGAGUAGCUUUACUGCUGCUGGUUGUAGCGGCGUCGGCUCUGGCUGCCGAGGUGCCCACAGAUGUUUCCAUGGGUCUGUUGGCAGAGCCCCAGGUGGCCAUGUUUUGCGGUAAACUCAACAUGCACAUCAACGUGCAGAGCGGCAAGUGGGAGCCGGACCCCUCGGGUACCAAGAGCUGCAUCAGCACCAAGGAGGGCAUCCUGCAGUACUGCCAGGAGGUGUACCCAGAGCUCCAGAUUACCAACGUGGUGGAGGCCAACCAGCCAGUCAGCAUCCAGAACUGGUGCAAGAAGGGCCGCAAGCAGUGUCGCAGUCAUAUGCACAUCGUGGUGCCCUACCGCUGCCUGGUGGGAGAGUUUGUGAGCGACGCCCUGCUCGUUCCUGACAAGUGCAAGUUCCUGCACCAGGAGCGCAUGGACCAGUGCGAGAGCCACUUGCACUGGCACACUGUCGCCAAGGAGUCCUGUGGAGACCGCACCAUGAAUCUCCACGACUACGGGAUGCUGUUGCCAUGCGGCAUCGACCGCUUCAGAGGCGUGGAGUUUGUGUGCUGCCCCGCGGAGGCGGAGCGUGACGCCGACAGCGCCGAGCAGGACGCUGAUGAUUCCGAUGUCUGGUGGGGUGGAGCGGAGACUGAUUACUCUGACACCAGUAUGGUGCGGGAGCCAGAGCCAGCAGAGCAGCAAGAGGAAACCAGGCCAUCUGUGGUCGAGGAGGACGAGGAAGAGGAGGAGGUAGCGGAGGAAAAUGACGAGGAAGAGGAGGAGGAGGAGGACGUGCUGGACAACGACCAGGACGGAGACGGAGAGGAGGACGAAGAGGCGGCGGAGGAAGAAGAAGAGGAGGAGGAGGAUGAGGGAGACGAUGACAUCGUGGACACUCUCGACGACAGCGAUGACGCCGAUGAGCCCACCACCAACGUUGCCAUGACGACAACCACCACGACCACCACCACCGAGUCUGUGGAGGAGGUUGUCAGGGAUGUGUGCUGGGCCAAUGCAGAGACAGGUCCGUGCCGGGCCAUGCUGCCCCGCUGGUACUUUGACCGCCAGGAGGGCCGCUGUGCUCAGUUUAUCUACGGCGGCUGCGGAGGCAACAGGAAUAACUUUGACUCUGAGGAGUACUGCCUGUCUGUCUGCAGCAGCGUCAUGCCCACAGCCACACCCAGCUCUCCCGACGCAGUGGACCACUACCUGGAGACGCCUGCCGAUGAGAACGAACAUGCCCACUUCCAGAAGGCCAAAGAGAGCCUGGAGGCCAAACACCGUGAGAGGAUGUCCCAGGUGAUGAGAGAGUGGGAGGAGGCAGAGAGGGAAGCUAAGAAUCUCCCACGUGCUGACAAGAAGGCCGUCAUCCAGCGUUUCCAGGAGAAGGUGGAGGCCCUGGAGCAGGAGGCAGCCAGUGAGAGGCAGCAGCUGGUGGAGACCCACAUGGCCCGGGUGGAGGCUCUGCUCAACGACCGCCGCCGCCUGGCUCUGGAGAGCUACCUGACUGCACUGCAGCAGGACCCACCCAAGCCUCGCCACGUCUUCAGCCUGUUGAAGAAGUACGUGCGUGCCGAGCAGAAGGACAGGCAGCACACCCUCAAACACUUCGAACACGUCCGCAUGGUGGAUCCCAAGAAGGCUGCGCAGAUCAGACCUCAGGUGCUCACCCACCUGCGUGUCAUUGAGGAGCGUAUGAACCAGUCUCUGGGACUUCUCUACAAGGUGCCAGGUGUGGCUGAUGACAUCCAGGACCAAGUUGAGCUUCUGCAGAGGGAGCAGGCGGAGAUGGCCCAGCAGCUGGCCAACCUGCAGACGGACGUGAGGGUGAGCUACGGCAACGACGCCCUGAUGCCCGACCAGGAGCUGGGAGACGGCCAGACCGACCUGUUGCCUCAGGAGGACACACUGGGCAUGGGGGGAGUCGGAUUCAUCCACCCUGAGAGCUUCAACCAGCCCAACACUGAGAACCAAGUUGAGCCAGUGGACUCUCGCCCCAGUCUCGACAGAGGCAUUCCCACACGGCCAGUGACUGGAAUGAAGAUGGAGGCUAUUCCCGAGCUGCGGAUGGAGACGGAGGACAGACAGAGCACUGAAUAUGAAGUUCACCACCAGAAACUGGUCUUCUUCGCCGAGGAUGUGGGCUCCAACAAGGGCGCCAUCAUCGGGCUGAUGGUCGGCGGCGUCGUCAUAGCAACCGUGAUCGUCAUCACCCUGGUGAUGCUGAGGAAGAAGCAGUACACCUCCAUCCACCACGGAGUCAUCGAGGUCGACGCCGCCGUCACCCCCGAGGAGCGCCACCUGUCCAAGAUGCAGCAGAACGGUUACGAGAACCCAACCUACAAGUUCUUUGAGCAGAUGCAGAACUGAAAUGUCACAUGUAAACACACACACACAUAAAAAGACACACACACACACACAUCUCCUCCCACACAUCAAGCACCCCCCCCCCCCCCCCUCCCCUCCUCUCCUCCCCUCCCGUUCCCUUCGUCUAGUCCCACGUCUCCAGGAGGCAGUGUGGCUUAGAUCUUUGACUGAAAUAGUCAGUCACAAGCAUACGGAGCGACUGUAGCCAGCUUUCAUUCCUGCCUGGGCGGACACCGCGGCCGAGUUUGCACCACGUUUGUUCACUUUACCGGAGCGAGACGCCUUUUAAUUAAAGAAAGGCGUUUUUAUACGUUGCUCCAUCUGGGCCUGCUGAUGUAUGGGGGGGAAAAAAAGGCCCCGCCCAGUGCAGCGAAACGAACCCACUGUUUGGGAAGCGCCUUCUCUCCACGCUGAUUCAGGGCCAGUGUAUAGUUUUUUGGCGUGGGACGGUUUUAGUUGUGUGAGGCAUAUCUGACCACUGAUCAGUGGGGUUGUAGGCGCACACUGACCCUGGGCGUCAUUUACAAAAAUCGGUCGCAGAAUCAUCAUCUCAAAUCAUUCUUCAACAUGCGGACGUUUGUUUUUGUCAUGAAAUACAAGCUUGAAUCCUGAUUUUUCUAAAUGAAGCCCGGUGUUUCCCCACAAACUGCACCACUACUGCACUCUACAGUCUACACUGGAGUACCCCCUCCUCCUCCUCCUCCUCCUCCUCCUCCUCCCACUCCUCCAUCCCUCCCUCCAUCCUCUUUUCUUUGCGCAUUCUUACGACAGCUGGGCUGUGCUACGUCACACAAGGCUCUUAAGGAUAUCUGGAGAUGCUGGUGAUAACGAACAUGUCGAUGACGAUGGUAGUAAUUAUGUAUUCUGAACGAGCUGUUUUUAUUUCCGAUUUUUUUUCUUUCUCUUUUCGUUUCCAGUUUUGUUUUUCAAAAAAGAGUGAAAACGGAGAAAAAAAACAAACAAACAAGUCAACCGAUGUAAAGUCCUUUUUUUAAAUUGCGUGUAAUGUUACUGAAGUAAUGCUGAAGUCUUAGCUGUUCCUAUGUAGUGCAUGACAACAAUGACAAUGGGAUUUGGAAAAACAAGAAGAAAAAAAAAAAGAACCCAAGAUCUUAACGCUGCUCUCUCUCGAGAACCUUUCUCACGUAUAGAUUGUCAUUCUAGCAAGAUUGUACAUUUAGUAUCUUCUCGUGAUCACGUGACUUCAAACGAUGAUAAAAUAUAUAUAAAUCUAGAUGAACGGGCUCUGCUUUGAUAUCAUGUAAAAUACACAUUUAAGAAGAGAUCUGUGAUUUUGGAAUUUAAGUGUGUUCCUUGUUUCUUUUUAUUAUUUUUAAACCACGCUGCGUUCCUGAAGCUUACAGGAGGGGGGCUGGCUUCAUCUCUGUUUGUAUAUUGUUCUCAGUCAUUGAAAUAUAUUGUGUUAAAAUCCUUAUAUGUAGGGGCUCUCACAAAUCAUACCCCUUUUUAAUUUUACUUUUUGUUCAGUUCAUGUGAUGUUCUGAAAAGGGCAUGUUGUGGGUGUGAAGGUUAGAGGGAGCGGGAACCCGGCGCGGGGGGAUGGGUUAGGAUUAUCUCUGCGUGUAUGUGUUUUGUCAUUUUCAGUCUGGUGUUUCGUCCAGUCGUGAGCCGACGCCGUCUAUAUUUUUUUGGUAAUCAUUUUGCAGAUAGAACAAGUGAAGUGCUGAGAGGAGGAGGAGGAGGAGGAGGAAGGAGGGCGAGGUAGAGAGGAAAUGACUUGCAGUUCCGGAUGGACAGCCAGCCAGGCAGGCAGCCUGUAUAUAUAUAAUGGAUUUUCACUCCCCAGCACCUCCCUUCCCCUCCCUCCCUCGCCUUCCCUUCCCUUCAGGCAUGCUGCUCACCUCUCUGCCAUCAACGCACACUUGACUCCUCAGAGGCAGAGCACCGUCGCCUGUGUAUAGAUGAUAGGCGUUCACCAUUGAGAGAGCUGACAGGCAGGGAUGAAAUAUUAGUCUCGGCAUCAAAAGGCAAGAAUCUCCCGUUCAUCUUCAUACAGUCAGCUCAUGUUAAAGGUUUGUCACCAUCUCAAAACACUGAAAGAAAUACAGUGUGACCUCUCACUCUGUUAAUGGCGAGGAAGAUCUGUGAGGAAGUGGUGUCGAUAUGGAGGCUGCAGUGGGGUGGGUCCUUGGUUUUCAGAGUGUGCUCAUUAGAAGCCCAACAGAGGGCAGUAGAGUAGAAGAGGAAGCAGGAUUUUCUUUCUAUCUUUUUUUUCUGUGGGUUAUAUAUUGGUUUUGUUUUCCACUGUGUAAUAUUGUGCAGGCCAUUUGCAUUGACUGGGAAAACGCUUUCUACACUGUAUUCCAUAAUAAAGUUUUGAAUGUACAUACA